AAACUACGACGUAUUAAGGGAAGAUACAGCCCUAUUUCUGAGACAUCACUACCCUCACUAUUCUCUCUAUCUCUCUCUCUCUCAGAAGCAAUCGCGCAGUUCUGCUAACCUCUACUUUCACCGGAGAUCACUAUUUCAGCAAUUACGUUUCUGGGUACCUUUUUCUGGUACAAAAGCCAAGAAGUAACCUGACUGCUCCUGCUUCAACUACUUUACAGCUCCAAAGAACUCCUAAUUACGCCUUUCAACUUCUUACUUUGGUCUAUAUGAUUGGACGUUUAGAGCAAGCUAUUUCACUGUUCUAAAUCCAGAGCUGUCUAUUCGCUUAUAGCUUAAUUGGCCAGCUAGAGCAAGCUGUUGCACUUUUCAAAGAACUGUAGCAGCUUCUUUAGUUUAAGCGCAUUUGUUGAUAGGCAACAAAUAAAGCUGCAAAUUCUCACCCAAAAAGUCUUUUGGUUCCUUGUAGCUUUGGUGGUCGCAUGCCCCCAAAAGUACAAACCUUAAAAACAUAAGCACCCUUCUUAUAGUUUAUCUGUUUCUUUCUUUUCUUUUUUUAUUAUAUUGAUCAUGAAACGAGGAUACUCAGAGUCACCAUCAACCUCUGGUGAUGGCCCACCUAAGUCCAGAAUUAGAUAUACGCCCCAAGGUGAAGCACAUUUUUCUGAGGAUUUUGUUCAAAAAGUCGCUGACCAUUAUAGUGCAAGGACAAAUCAGACUCUAGAAGAAAGAGAAGCAAGUCCAAUAAUCCAUUUAAAGAAACUUAAUAAUUGGAUAAAAAGUGUUUUAGUUCAACUUUAUGCUCGUCGAGGGGAUGCAGUUCUUGAUCUUGCUUGUGGGAAGGGUGGAGAUCUUAUUAAAUGGGAUAAAGCAAAAAUUGGAUAUUACGUUGGCAUUGAUAUAGCUGAAGGCUCGAUAGAAGAUUGCCGCACACGUUAUAAUGGUGAUGCUGAUCAUCAUCAGCGGCGUAAAAAGUUCUCGUUUCCUGCUCGCCUCAUAUGUGGGGAUUGUUAUGAGGUUCGCUUGGACAAAGUACUGGCAGAUGAUGCUCCUUUUGAUAUCUGCAGUUGUCAGUUUGCUUUGCAUUAUUCAUGGUCUACUGAAGCACGUGCUAGGAGAGCCUUGGCCAAUGUAUCAGCCUUGCUCCGCCCAGGAGGCACCUUCAUUGGAACAAUGCCGGAUGCCAAUGUGAUCGUCAAAAAACUUAGAGAAGCUAAAGGACCGGUCUUUGGUAAUAGUGUUUAUUGGAUACGCUUUGAUGAAGAGUACUCUGAAAAGAAAUUUAAAUAUUCUGCCCCUUAUGGUAUCAAAUACAAGUUCCACUUGGAGGAUGCUGUUGACUGCCCCGAAUGGAUCGUCCCUUUCAACAUCUUCAAAUCGUUGGCGGAAGAGUAUGAUUUGGAGCUGGUUUUUGUGAAGAAUGCACAUGAAUUUGUCCAUGAGUAUAUGAAAAAACCAGAAUUCAUUGAUUUAAUGCGAAGGCUGGGUGCUCUGGGUGAUGGUAACCAAGACCAAAAUCUAGGCACACUAUCGCCAGAUGAAUGGGAAGUGGCUUACUUAUACUUGGCAUUUGUAUUGAAGAAGCGUGGCCAACCAGAUCGGACACAAACAAACAGUAAACGGGACAAAGGAAAGAUGCAUAUAUCAAAGGAGGACAUCAUGUACAUUAACAAUGUGUAAUCUAAUGGGAAAAUCAAUAAGUAGGAUUCAAAUAAGACGUCAAAAUUUAUAUGGGGGUUUAGGAGCAGCCCCUGAUAGCCAAAUGAUAAAAGAGUCAUUUGCUGGGCUUGUUUUGGGGAGCCCCCCCACCCCAGAAUUGUUAUGUUACUCAAUUUUGUAGGUUCAAGUAACCAUACUGAUAUAGGUUUCCUCUGCUUGAUGCUGUCAGCUCAAGGAAACAUAUAUCUAUAGUUGAGGAAGUAUGGUUGAGCUGAUGGCAGUGUUCGAUGCAUAAUUAGCAUCACAAAUGUCGCCUGUAAUUUGCUUCCUCGUGUAACGGGAGUCUCUGAAUGAUAGCAUGGCCAAGAGGCACCUUCUUUGUUGCCGCUGCGCCUAAUUUUUUUCUUUUACCUAUUCAUGAAGUUAUAACAAAAAAGAAAAGAAAAGUAUUAGAUUA